CAAAGCCCGGCGAGGAAGCAGACGCUUUUCUAGGGUGGGGGGCUCGGGGUGAGGCGGCCACCCUCGCCCAUGUGCCAGGAGGUGGCUGACUGUCGCUCGGGGCCUCACCGAGCCAUGCUCAGCUGGGGCCCACACCAGCCACAUCUUGCCAGCUGCGCUGCCCACCACCAGACAGAGAGCUAGAGAGAAGGAGAGAAUGGGCAUGCCAGGACCAUCGGCCUGCUGGGAAUGAACUCCAGAAGCAGGCGCCCCCUUGUGUGCACGUGCAACACUGUGUGCUUGUGUCGCUGUGAGCCUGGUUACCUGGGACCUGGAGAUUUGAACAGCUCCGUAAGGCGCAGCCUCUCUGACCAUCGGGUUGGCAAAGACCUGCAGACCAUGAGGACUGGUCAACGGCAGUGAAAGGACGUGAGAGGGUAAAUCCCUGAGCCCUGCAGUUUUAUUUCCUGCCCUGACGUCCCUGCAAACCAGCCCAAGGGGUAACUGUGAGCGGAUGCCUGUAUGGCUGCCUUACUGAUGCCACGCAGGAACAAAGGGAUGAGAACUCGGCUGGGAUGCCUGUCACACAAGUCAGAUUCGUGUAGCGAUUUCACAGCUAUUCUUCCCGACAAACCAAACCGUGCCCUCAAGAGAUUAUCCACAGAAGAAGCGACGAGGUGGGCAGAUUCCUUUGAUGUGCUUCUCUCUCACAAGUACGGGGUGGCUGCCUUCCGCGCCUUCCUCAAGACGGAGUUCAGCGAGGAGAACCUGGAGUUCUGGCUGGCCUGUGAGGAGUUCAAGAAGACCAGGUCAACUGCAAAGCUGGUCUCCAAGGCCCACAGGAUCUUUGAGGAGUUUGUAGAUGUGCAGGCUCCACGGGAGGUAAACAUCGACUUCCAGACCCGAGAAGCCACAAGGAAGAACAUGGAGGAGCCGUCCCUGACUUGCUUUGACCAAGCUCAGGGCAAAGUACACAGCCUCAUGGAGAAAGACUCUUACCCCAGGUUCCUAAGGUCCAAAAUGUACUUAGAUUUGCUGUCCCAGAGCCAGAGGAGGCUCAGUUAGAGCUCGGACGGGGACUCUCGGAAACCACUGGCUUCCCCCUCCCCUUGCUGCCAAGUCCAUAUUCUAAUGUGAAAUGUCGUAGGUGUUCACUGUGGUGGGGUUUGGGGGGGUGAGGAGGGCAUGAAGGGCUGUUCCAAAGUAUGACCUAGCUGCCAGAGCUUGGACUCUUCCAUUUAUCCUUGUUUGUGUUUCAGUUAGUGGUAGCUCUGCUGCUGUCACCCUUCUUGGAGAGGGCUACCUAUUGGCCCCCCAAAAUGCCUUGGGUCAUCUUCACUAAGAAGGCAGACUGUCUGUACUGGCUAAUCUGUAAAUAAUGCAAUGCCGUUUCCAACCCCCUCAGCGGCUUCCUCAGUGAGGAUUCCUGACUCUCAUCUUGUCCUUUACCUGCCGGGGGAGUAGCUGGAAGACCCCGGUUCUCACGCAUGAGUGAUUCACAGUCACAGUGCCGUGGCUAGCCCUGGGUACUGGGACUUCAUGGCUCAGGAGAGAAGUGUCUCUGGAAUCCCAGGUUUCUCGUCCCAUGGAUAGGUAACCUCUGUGAGAGGGCGACUCCCUGGACUUGGCUGUGUCUUCCAUUUCCACUGGACCAGUGUGAGAGUCUGCAGUCACUACCCAUCUCACAUCCUAGAAAAAUCAAUAGAAUUUCCUUAAUGCUUACAAUUCCAGAAAGGGUCUUGGGAGAUUUCUUUCAUGACUUCUGAGUGGAGUUGUCAUUAUGAAAGAUACAGCUUGCAAUCUUCCUCGACUCUACCAAGAACUUUUCCAGAAGUUGAAUGACCAAGGAAUGUAGCGCCAGAAGAUGUGUGUGCAAUGGGACUCCAUUUAACCCAUCUGUUGCCUAAAUGUUCUCUCCGUCCUUGCCUCCCUGUGACAUCAUGCACCACCGAUUUCGUAGGAGGAAAGACAGCUUGGCAAAGGAAGGCAAAUUCCCGUAGCACGAGUGCCUGAUUAACUUUCCCUGUCUCUCCACCUCCCCUUCCAUGCGGGCCAUGCAGCCAUGAUGGGGGAGAACGGGAACACAGGCGGAAACUUUUGAGCUUGCUUCAUGGAAGCCUGCUUUCUUAGAAAGGCCCCGUUCUUGGCUGUUGAGAAACAGCUGCCUUCUUGGUCUCUGACCAUUGAACACGAACUGGGAAGAUUACUGUGAACAUGAGCCUGUGGAAACCUUCCUAAAAUGCUUGCAUGGGACCCUGGGGCUGCUCUCAGGAACGUGUCACGCUACUCUGGCUUGGAGGAUGCAUGGACAGCAAUGGAAACUACAGCUGCUACCGGGGGAAAAAAGCUGAUUGCCAUAGGGCAAUGACAAUGGAGAGGUGGGAACGUGGGAGAAGAGCCUGGAAGCUGAUGGCCUCGCAGGGAACGUGGUGGCACCACUCCUGGGCUAAUUCAGAUCCCAACAGAAUUAAGCUGAAGAGCUGCAGACUUGGCUUGAUGGCUCGAGCAUCCUAUGGUCAGGCUGCCCUGCCGUACUCUCCUCUUGUGGGGUUCUGGCCUUGUAGAUUAUCCGGGUGUUCCAGGCUUUGCACUCCUGUCCGGUAACUUGGAGAAUCAGCUCCUUCCUUCGCUACCGGAAGACAAGGCUCUUAAGUCCCAGAGUGUGUGUGUGCCCACUGUCCUCUGUGGCACAUUGUCAGUCAUCUGUGAGUGGGUGUUGGUGUAUGGGAAUGAAUCUCAAGGAGAGAGACACACACACCUGCUUCUUAGGCCUUACACUGGAAAGACCUGUGCAAGUUCACAUUUAAGAACGCGGAAGCCUCAAAUGGUGUUCCUAGUUAGAUUCCCCCACCAUGGCAUCAAAAUAUUCUUAGCUAAAGCUGCCAGAUUAAUGCAAGGAUUAAAUUCUCUCUAACAGGGUAUUUUAAACAUUGUUUACAUAUGAAAUGUGCAUCUGCUGCCAACUCUACUGUUGAAUAUGGGGUGCAUGUAAAUUGGAACACCAGUUAGGGAGUGUCCUACCCCGGGCCUUAGCACCACUUCUGCUAUCCCAGGGAGAGAAAGAAGGCUGCCUGAGAAUAUUGUGUGGUGACCUCAUUUGAGGUCUGCAGGUGGACUGAAGGCUGCAGAUGGUGGUGUCAUGGCACCCUAGCGACUCCCUCCUCCAUGGGAGGUGUCAAGGACGAAGCUUGACUAUCUUGAAUUUUAUAGCUAGACCAGGUCACGUAAGUUUGUAUGUACAGAGGAAGAGGCAGUUCUGUUGAUGGUACUCCGUGAGGCAUCUCUGAGUCUGUAUGGGUGUGUGUGUGUGUGUGUAUGUGUGUGUAAAGUGAGUCUUGGAUAGUCCCCGCAGCUCUGACCUUCCUGUGGGGAGCCUUCCUCACACCCUGUAUAGCAUGUAGCCCUGCUUCCUACACAAGGCACAGAGCUCCCUGCUCUGACGCCUGCUUUUAGGCACGUUGGUCAUGCCAACCCAGAUUUUGGUCUGUGAUGAAACAAAGAAAUGUUUACAACAUCCAGAAGCAAUAUCCAAGCAUACCUCAUCCCUGACCUUUCAUGUCUCCCAGGCCCACCCCUCCCCACUUCCUCCUCCACAAAUGUCUUCCACUUCGCCAGGUCUGCAUCGCAGAUGCCACUUCCAUUUAACGUCUUCCUUUGCUCCGGUCAUCCAGGCUAUAAGGCAAGUCCCGGCAGCAGGCCAGCAGGGUGGCUCUCUAUCUCUGAGUCACUUUUUGGUCCCACUAGAGUGCUCACCUUUUUGGGGGUUGAUUUGCUGUGGUUCUUGGUAGACUAAGUAAAAUAGUCACUGGCAACUUCGGACAGCCCCAGGCGCCUCUGCAGUGAGUAGGGAGCUAUCCUCCAAGGAGGCAUUUCUUAUUCAACUUGAGCGCACACAGGGAUCACCUUGAAAGCCCAUUAUACAUGCUAAUUCCCAGGUUGUACACCCAGAGAUGCUGAGCCAAUAGACCUAGGGAGGAACCCAGAAAGCUGUGUUAUUUCCCCCCCCCCAGAAACUACUGGAUGUGUAAUGGCUGUGGAUGUUGAACAAAGAUGACCUAAGACAAUGGCUCUCAACCUUGGCUGCUCCUUAAGGUUAUUUGGGGAGCGUCAAAGACCUGGUUGUCCAGGCCCCGCCCCAGAACAGCUAACCGAGUGCUUUGCAGGGACCAAGGUGGCGGCAGUUUGUUCGGCGAGGUCAGGAAGUGCUGGCCUAGGGAGUGAGGAGGGCCAUUGUUGAGGGGAAGACGCAAAAAGCACAAUACUGGGACAGCUGCUCACUGUGGAGCUGGACUCUCUGGGUAGCUCCUUGAACCCUCUGGGUCUGACUUCUCCUUUGAGAGCAGUGUUUGAGCCCAAGCUACAUGCACUGGUUUGGUCAGCAGGGGUGCUGAGGGUGGGGAGCGUGAGGGAGUACUGGAUUCAGAGAUGCACUGCCAGGCUUGGCCAGCCACCUUCAUGGCAUUUUUCUCCAGGCUUGUCUCAUGGGCUGGGUCCCUGUUUGUGUUCAUACCCUCUUAGGUUUGGCCAUUUCGUGCCAAGCUGGGCCUCUGUGGCCAAGGCCAUGCAUUGAGGUAGUUGGGAUUCAGGUAGUGGGUGGAGUGUCUUGGCAGUUCUAAUGGUAGUAACAUAACUUCUGAAUUUCUCAGAGGAGGGUGUUCCGCUCAGGGGGAAGGAUCAAAUCUGGGAGGCUGUUCCAAGACCAGGAGUGUUUGGUCCCUGUGUCAAGCCCUUCCUGUUGCUUUGAUCUCACGUUGGACGGGCAGCGGAGAAGCUGUCCCUGGCUUUACCUUCUGGUGCUCCCUCCCCCCACCCCCCCAGAAUUUGCUGCUCUGAUAAACCAAAGCUGUGAAAAGGUGAACAGUUCUGCCCAGGUUGUUUGUUCCGGGCAGGGCGCUGUGUCCCGGUGCCCCAGGCCCUGGACAUUGGGGAGGCCCUCUCUGCUGUGAGGGGAAGGUGUGGGUCUACGGUGGUGAGAGCUGGGAAAGGUGGGCAUGGGGAAGCCUGAGGGGGAAGGAGUCUGGUAGGAGAGACCACCAGAACUCGGCUGACCUUGUCCGUGCCCACCUUUGUGCCACGCAGAGGAACUGUGGUUUUCCGUCCUCGCCUUCCAUCUUCCAAGCAUCACCUCUCUUUACGUCUGCAUCUCUCCAGGCUAACACAAGAGAGGUGGCACUGUCUCUCCUGGCACCAAGAGCCUGUGCUACCAUGUCACUUGGCGUGAAACUGAGGAGGGCGAAGCCAAGGGCAGAGAUGGCUUUCUGUUCCAGUGACUUCUCAGGACUCCACAAGAUGCUGUGGGCCACGAUGGGGGACUUGGGGAUGGGGGGGCCACAGGCCUUCCCAGGUUUGGGGGUCCGUGCCCUCUCAAUCAACUGUUCCUUUCUCGAUUCUUACUCUCUCCCCAUCCUCCGCUCCCUCCCCUGCGCCAGGUGCAGGCAAAGGGGGCUGGGGUCCGUGUGCCAUCCGCGGUCCCCUUACCUGAGUCCCUCGCCAGCACCACAGUCUUGCAGCGGCUCACCCACCGCGCUCGCCGCCUGGCUGAUGGAGUCCUCAUUGAGGUGUCUCAUUACCAUGUAGAGCGGAAUAAUGUCAUUCACCUUUACUAUCCACAGGCUGUGAGAACAUAAUAAACAGAACCUGAACAAGCU